UUUGCAUCUCUUGAUGUGCCUUUGCUCUCCUGGACAGUAUGAUCCACAAGAUAUAGAGCUAAUGCUUGAGCGAGAGGAACGCAAGGUGCUAAGGGAGGUGAAGAUCUGGCUGGAUCAGCUAGAGAGAGAUAUACUGCAUGCACAGGGAUCUGAAGAGAGUCUCACCGACAGAUAUCAGGCUUUUAAGAGUUUCCGUGUGCAGUAUGAGAUGAGAAAGAAACAGAUCGAGUCUCUCCUGCAGCCGGUACACAAGGAUGGCAAGCUGUCCGUGGACCAGGCCGUGGUCAAACAGGCCUGGGAUCAUGUGUCUGUCAGGCUCUUAGACUGGCACAUCCAUCUGGAUAAGUCUUUGCCGGGCCCUCUGGGAGUGAUCGGAGCCUGGCUGCAUCGGGCAGAACUUUCCCUGAGAGAGGACAUACCCAUUCAACAGGCCCAUGAAGAGACGGCCAACAUCAUCCACAGAAAACUGGAACAGCACAAGGAGGUUUUGAAGAAUUUGGAGGGACACCGACAGACAUUUCAACAGAUUCACAGAGACCGAUCAGUAAACGGCGUCCCAGUUCCACCAGAGCAGCUUCAGGACAUGGCAGAAAGGUUAAAUCUGAUGACCUUAAGUUUCAUUUGA